UCCUUAUGGCUGAAUCGUCCUCCAUCCUCCCGUUCUAUGAAUGGGUAAGCGAUGAGGUGUCCAAAAUUGCUUCUAAGUUUGACACUCAUAACCGUGUGGUUGAGAUGAGGUAUCAAUUUUCCAUAUCUGGCACCAAAGUGGGAGAGAAGUUGUUCGUGUGCUAACAUUGUGCAAAGAAGAACACGUAUACAUGGAAUAGAACUUCGUGGCGGAUGAGCGAUCGAUCUUUAUGUAUGAGACAUUCUUCUCGCGUCUUCAAUUGCCAGCCUCUGUCCGAGUUCCAGGGUUUGAUCAUUUCAAUGUUACAUGUUGACCCGACCCAACUGCAUCUUAAUAACUGGGCCUUCGUUAGGGCGUUUGAGGUGCUCUGCAGCUUCCUUAGCCUGGAGCCAGGCUUGGGAGUCUUCUUCUACCACUUCCAAUGGAAAGGAGCGGGCAAAGGCAGUUGGUUGUCCUUGAACAAACUUCGAGGAAAAGGAUGGUUAAAGCUAUACGAUAGUUUGUAUAAGCACUUCAAGUCCGAUUUCUUCAAGGUGGCCUCGACCGAAAAAGAGUUUCCUUUUUUCUUGGAGACUAACAGGCAUCCGAAGUGCCCCCUGUUUCGGCAGCGCGAGCCGACCAUCCUGUCCAAUAUUGAAUACGCGAAUUUGGUUCUGGAAGGACAAGUCUUAGUGGAUCUCCUUACUUUCUCCCCACAGUUAAAGUCGACUAAACUCGUAGAGCUUGGGGAUGACCCAAAGAAGCUAGCAGAGUACAUGCGGACCACGACUUUAGGGAUGUUCAAGGAGGAGGUUCAACGUCGGGUGCAGGUGAAAGGGGCUGCUGGGCCGAUUUUCAAAUUGGGUCAAAAAGGGACCGAGAAGACUGUUAAAGGGAAGAGUGCCCGAUCACCCAAAGGUCGUCCAACGGAGAGCACGAUUGCAUCCCAGACCUCUACCGGGACGAUUGCACUAAACAUUCCAGUUUUUCUGCUAGAGGAGGAGUAUCUUGACGCUGAAGAGAUCCCGCUAGCGUCGCUAAAGAGGCGAAAGCUAACUGGGGGGAGCGGACCGAGGUUCCAGUGACCUCGGUCUUGGUCGCUGAUCAAGAGGCGCGGGAGCUUCCAAGGACCUUGAGCUCAGUCGUCGAGGAAGAAACAUUGAGGAGUCCAAGGACUUCAACACUAGGUGCCAAAUUAUCGUCUUUCGUCACAGGGCCAACAUCGGGUGUUGCCGAGUAAUCACUGGGUUUGGUCGAGCAGCCCUUGAGUGCGGGUCGGGCUCCAGACGGGCUUGCUCUAUGGGGCUGGGAUAACGAUGAAUCUGAUCCCAAGAGUCUCUGGAGUAAGGAGUUUCGCCUCAGCAACUUCAUCAAGGAGCAUAUUGCAUUUCUCAUUAAUCGUGAGAGGCAGAUGGCCUUGGGACUCAAAGGCCUGUGUUGCUGGGUCGAGAGACAAAGUCUUUGUCCUACAGAUGUUUGUUGGACCUUGGAGGUGGAGACCCAGGCUCGGUUGAAAAGGCUUAGGGGGGUCUGCAAGGUUGCGGAUGAACGAGAGAGGGAGAUGGCCACUGCCGAGAUGAAGUCUCUCUGGAAAAGAGCUGAAGACGUUGAAGCCUUGGCCGCUUAUCAUGAGAACACCACGUAGAAAUGACUGGCGCAACGGGACCAAGCCUAGGGGGAACAAAAUGCCUUACAAGGGAGGUUGGAUAUUGCUGAAGCUGCUGCUCGAAAAGAGGCAAAAAAAUUAAGGAAGCUAGCUGUCGUGGUGGAGUGCCUUAAGGGUGAGGCCGUGGAUAAGUUUCUGGAGGGGUUCUUAUCGGCCUCGUCUCAAGUCCAAGUGCUCCAUCCUAAGGCCGAUCUCUCACCAUGCGGCCCCUUCAAGAAGGUUGUUGAUGGCCGGAUCGUGGACUUAGUCCCGGAUGAUCGACGUGACCCUGAUAGAGUUGCUAGGUUCUUUUUCCGAUCUUGUUGCUUCCACCGACGUGCAUGUAUCCGAGCCUGCUCCCAGCCCCAUCAACCCUUGAUCUCGUUAUAAUAACUCUAGAGUAA